AUUAACCCCUAAGGUCAGACGUGUCCUGUGAAACCCGUGACCCAGUGAGUCACUCCGCUCUGCGUUCACGCUCAUUUGUUACAGAGCUGUCGUGUUCACUGCAAAAACAGCAUCACAAUUGUUACAAGUAUUGGCGACGAAUUUCAAUGCGAGGGAGCUGUAAAUAGGAAUGAAUCGAAAACCCUUUUCAUUGAUACGUUACAGUAAUUGAUGGUCUUCCCAUCUCAACUUCCUCAUUUUCUACGUGUGACGCAAAGCAUAGAGCGGAAAGGAAAAAACUCACCGGAAUCCGUCCUUAUGAGCUCAGAGCUGGUGAAGAAAAGCCUGGGUCCUUCGCCCGGCUCUUCACUUAACGACUGGGACAGUCAAAAACCACCAGGUCAAUUUCGGGAGAGGGGCGGAACCUUGGAUAAAUAUAUAGAAUGACUUCUCAGCACUUUGUGUAUGACAUCCCUGCCAAGAUUAUGGAAGAGUUUUAUUUGGUGAUGGACACUUUAGCGCCGGGGCUGUGGUAUCGCUUCGGCUCUCGUAUCGUAGCUGAUCAGACUGAACUAAGGAAGAUUGGUUCUCUUGGAAGAAAUCAUUACAGCAGAACACGAGAGCUGAUGUGGGCGUGGGGAAUGAAACAAGCAACCGUCCAACAGCUUCUGCACAUCCUGAAUGAGAUGCAGCUGUACCGUGCACUAUCUGUUAUUCUGUCAUGGAAGCCUGCAGCUUCUUUCAUUACUCAGCCAGCUAGCUCUCAAAUUCCUUGGCCAGAAACUCCUGAGAUGUUCUGCCCACUUCCAUCUUCCACUGGUCCAGAACUGAGUUGUGCAGACAAUAUGGAUUCAUCAAACAAUGUGCACCAGCUUGAUCCACUUCCUAAACCAUCAAUUCCUCCGAGUCACUUGAACUCUACUUUCAAGCCAGACUGUGACAAAUGUGAUAUGCCAUCACCAGAGAUGGAUGAAGCUAGCAGCAGACCUCUCCAGGAAACUAAUCACUACCCUGCAAUACCCAGCUGCAUCUGGCCCUUGCAGGACCUCGAACACGCCACUGAUAAUUUCAAUGAGAGGAAUAAGAUUGGCUCAGGAACAUUUGGCCAUGUCUACAAAGGUCACCGGUUCAGUACUGAAUAUGCCAUAAAACUGCUUAAGGAGGUGGAUGACAUCAACUUGAAAAUCAAGCAGGAUUUUUUUCACAGAGAGGUUGAGAGUCUUUACAAGUUUCGACACUCUAACAUUUUGCCCCUAGAAGGAUGCUGUGCUGAAAAUGGCAUUUACUGCCUCGUUUAUCGUUACAUGUCCAACGGCUCGCUUGAGAGCAAACUUCAGUGCAAAAAUCCUGCCGAUGCCAUUUCAUGGAACAGACGUAUUAACAUUGCAAUUGGAACAGCAAGGGCAAUACAGUUCCUGCAUCAGAGUAAUGUGCCUCUAAUUCAUGGAAAUAUUAAAAGUUCUAACAUUCUGUUGGAUGAAUAUUUUACACCAAAGCUGGGAGACUUUGGUCUGGUGAAGAUAGGCCCUCUUAGCGGAGGUGUGAACCCCAUCAAUGGCCAAACUACCCUGAAGACCAAGACUUUGCAGGGGCCUCUAGCCUAUCUACCUGAUGAGUUUAUUCGGUUCAGGCAGCUGUCUGUAAAAGUUGACACCUUUAGCUUUGGAAUAGUUCUUGCUGAAAUUUUGACUGGUAUCAAAGCAGUGGAUGAGAGCAGGCAACCAGCAUUUCUGAAAGAUCUUAUGCUGGCAAAGUUGGAGGCAGCAAAGCAAACAAAAGGUGCUGCAGAUCUAGAGAAAACAGCAUACAACAUUUAUCAGAUGUACUUUGAUACCAAGGGUGGCCCUUUUCCCUUACGUUUUGCAAUUAAGUUUGCUGUUAUCACCUGUCAGUGCAUCAAAAAGAAGAGACCUGAGAUGAAAGAGGUUUAUUCAAUGCUGGAGAGUCUUCAGCAUCAGGUAAAAAGUCAUGAUCUGCACAACUCUCCUGAGGAGGUAGAAGAUGUUUCAUGCAAGUUAAAACAAUUGGCUUUGUGCCCAGAGGAAAAUACAGAGAUCCUUUAUCCUCCUCUGGCCCCCAAAUACUGCAUACAGUCUUUGCAAUCCCAGGGACCAAGCAUUUUCAGAGGCUUGCCAGAAAGCUCCCCACAACUGCCAGAUGCAAAAUUGCUGAAAAUACCAUGUGAAUCAGAUGAGUCAGAGAAUCUUGAUUAUUACCCUGUGCCUGCAUCUCUUGGCCGAUUACCUUGUGAAGUGUGCAAUAUUAAGUCCAAGUGUGUUUGCAGUGACUCCAGUUCAUGCUAUCAGGGAACUGAAGACAGUUCAGUAUGCACCAAUGCAGAUGAUUGUAGAGCCAGCCAGGAACCUGUGGAGACUAGUAGUAGCUUUGUUCAAGAAUUGUCUCCAGCAAGAAGCUGUGUCUCAGAUGAGCUUUGUACUCCACUUGAUUACUGUGAUGCUGCAUCAAACGGCGCUUGGGAAUUUCAUCUAGACUCAAAAGAUAGAAAAGUUAAUCCUAUUAACCACAAAGAAGCCAGCUCCACAGACCCUGUCAGAGAGCUUUGCUGUUGUAACCCUGGUGUUUCUGUUAUGCGAGACAGACUGAUCACCAACUCAGAAUCUGAAAACUCAAAUUCCCCCUCAAGAUGUACUUCUUGCCAAAAUUUACGUGUCAACGAGCUAUGUGGUGGAGCAGCAUGUGCAUUUGAGCAUUCAACAUUGUCUGCAGGAUGUCAAAAUGGAGUGCCUGAAAACAUGAGUCCAGAAAUAUUGUCUUCCUCAAAUAUCAAGAUAAACCCUCACAAAAAGAAACUAUUGGCUAAGAUCCUUUUGUAUGAAGACGAGAGAAUCAAUAGUGCUGAGCUCCUCUCAGCUCCCUCUUUAACUGAUGAAGAUAUGUACGCUGACAGUCUUUUUGAAUGAACCACACUAUGAACUAUAAUACUGAGGUGGCACUACAAUACUGAAGAUAGUACAAAACUGGCUGGAAACGAGAUGAUGAUAUGGACUCAAGCCAUAUAGUAAAGGCUCUAUAUUUUCGAUGUGUGCUCAAAGGAUGCAUCUAUCGGCUUCAAUCCCAUCAGUUUCAUAUUUAAAAGACUGUUUCCACCAUGCCUUUGGGCAGUGUUAUUUUCAAACAAGAUAACUCCUGAUGAUGUGCCCAUUAAUACAACAGUCAGGGUACUCAAUUUCAUAAUUUGCCACAUAGUUCGGUAUGUGUUUGCUCAGUGGUAGAUGAUAAACUUGCAGCAGUGCCAUGUGCAUGUUAUUUUAUUGCUUGAAGUUUCAAUGAAACUCUUUUAUAGCCCGUGUAAACUGGCAGGCCCCAGGUUCCAUCUCUGGUCUGUGCUGAGUUUGCUGAUUUCAGCUGGGGUGGUAAUAAAGAUACUCUAAAUGGUGUUUGUAUCUCUGGGUUAGGAGACAAAAUCAACCCAGUCUCCACCUCCUGUCAUGAACUUCAAACGAGGUCAGAAUUGGGCUCGAGUGUGAUAGCCUCUGUAGUCUCACAGUUUACUUUUGAGCAAGAGGGAGGAGCUAGAAUAAAAUGCGCAAAAGGAAUAAUUUAUGAGGUGGCAAUGGUAGUGCUGCAUCAUGUCAUUGCACACUUGUCUGUUUUCCUGAGACUUGGUCAUUACAGAUCCAGCAAUAAAUUGCAAGUUCUGAGGAUAAAAUACUUAGCUGUAGAUUUGUUUUAGUAGCAAUAUUAAAUGGGGGUCUCACCUUUGUUCUUGAUCUCUGAAGAUUAACAAUGCAGAUGAAGAAAUAAUGGUUUUGUUUGAAUGGAAGCUGUCUGUCUGAUACUCACAUGACAGUCAGUGCUCUAGACUAUUCAGACCAAACAUGAUCAUAGAUUAUAUACUAAAGGGACCAUUAUCAAACUGUAAACCAGAUACCGCCAGCAUACCUUACUAAAAAUGACAGAUACCAUGUUCUAAUCAACUCAAAUGAUUCUGUUAAACUAUUCAGUGUAAUUGGUCAGGGGUAAGAGGAAAAACCUACUGUUUCAUUGUGAUUCUGUAAAUGAUGUUUCUGAUUUGCAACUGCGUCAUCCAAAUCUGAGAAAGGCUUCCGGCUAACAUGCUUGCCCAUUCCUGCAACGUAAUGCCCAGAGUUUGUUGGGAAAAUAUUGCCAGUUAAAUGCGAUGAAAUUAUUAGUGUCUAAAGAAACUCCUUAGUUUAUGUGAGGAAGAUAUAUGCUGUGAAGUACAAAUCAUCACAAAUUGCUAAAUGAUUUGUACUGCUCCACCAUUAUCCUUGCAAAAAUUAAUGCUUGCCAUUAACCUCCAUGAGUUUCAAGAAAUUGCUGCAUUAAACUUGCUGUAGAAAUUUAGAGCUGGUAUUUAAGGAUGCAAGGGCCUGUCUAAUGUCAACACAACCUCAGAGGCACAUAAAGGGACCAAUUGAAAUUGCAGAGUUGCAUUUCUGCAAGUAGUAAAUAGUUCCUAGAUGUUUUUAAGAUGUAAUUGUUUUCUUACUUUUUCUUUUGAGUCUUUUUUCUUUUAUAAUCCAAUUUUUAUUUCCCUCUCUUAUGUAUCUAAGUCCCCCUAGUUCCUCCUCCAUCAUUCUCUAUUUUUAAAUUUAAUUGGUUAAGGAGAUAGUCCAUUUGUCCCAUCAUUCACCAAGACCCAGAUUCCCUGUUAUCCACUCACAUUCAGAAACAUAGAAUGAAUCAGAAUGGUUACAAUGCAGAAGGAGGCCUUUUGGUCCAUCAUGUCCAUGCCGGUUCUUUACAAGAGCAAUUCAGCUAGUCCCACUCCCCUGCCCUUUCCCCAUAGCUCUGCAACUUUUUUCUCUUCAGAUAAUUAUCCAAUUCCGUUUUGAAAGCUACUAUUGAAUUUGACACAGUCUCAGGUGGUGUAUUCCAGAUCCUAAUCACUCACUGUAUAAAAACAUUUUUCAUGUCCCCUUUGUUUCUUUUGCCAUACACAUUUAAUUGUGUCCUCUGGUUCUCUAUCCUUCCACUAGCAGGAACAGUUUUUCCCUACCUAUCCUGUCCAUCCCCUCAUGAUUUUGAACAUGUCUAUCAAAUCUCCUCUCAACCUUCUCUUCUCUUCUCGAAAGAAGAAAACCCCAACUUCUCAAAUCUAUCUUCAUAACUGAAGUUCCUCAUCCCUGGGACCAUUAUCAUGAAUUUUUUCUGCACCCUUUCUAAUGCCUUCACAUUCUAAUGCCUAAAAUAUGAUGUGCAGAACUGGAUGCAAUAUACCAGUUUUGUAUGGGUUUAUCACAACUUCCUUGUUUGUACUCUAUGCCCCUAUUCAUAAAGCCCAGGAUCCCCUAUGCUUUAUAAAUUGCACACUCAGCCUGCCCUGUCACCUUCAAUAAUUUGUGCACAUAUACCCCAGUCACUCUGCAUCUGCACCCCGUUAGAAUUGUAUCCCCUAUUUUAUAUUGCCUCUCUUAGUUCCUCCCACAAAAACGAAUCACUUCAUAUUCUCUGCAUUGAAUUUCAUCUGCCGCCUGUCCACCAGCAUACAACCCAUUCUACCAGCCUAUCUAUGUCCUUUUGAAGCUUAACAUGAUCCUUCUUACUGUUCACAAUACUUCCAAGUUUUGUUUCAUCUGCAAAUUUAGAAAUUGUGCCCAGUAUACCAAAGUCUAGGAUAUUACACUAUAACCUCUCUAGUUCAGAAUGCUUGGGACCAAGUUAUUACUGUACUUCAGAAUUUUCUGGAUUAUAGAAUGAUGUUAGAAUGCCUAACCACAAGUGGUGAAUCAGAAACAACCAUAGAUAUACAUAGUUACCUGAACCAAAAAAACAGUAAUAAAACAUAAAGCAGUAAUAAAAGUC